CUCGAGUCAGACGGCAGGAGGUACUCCUGCGGCGUUCUGGAGGGAGGCCGGCGCCGGGAGCCCCGGAUCAGCUGGGGCCGGGGGCGCAGUGCCUCCCCUGCGCCUUGCAGGACACACCAAGAUGAAGACAGCCACCAACAUUUACAUCUUUAACCUGGCCCUGGCAGACACUUUGGUGCUGCUGACACUGCCCUUCCAGGGCACAGACGUCCUCUUGGGCUUCUGGCCUUUUGGAAAUGCCCUGUGCAAGACGGUCAUUGCCAUCGACUAUUACAACAUGUUUACCAGCACCUUCACACUGACUGCCAUGAGUGUGGACCGCUACGUAGCCAUCUGCCACCCCAUCCGUGCUCUCGAUGUCCGGACGUCCAGCAAGGCCCAGGCUGUCAAUGUGGCCAUCUGGGCUCUGGCGUCUGUCGUCGGCGUUCCCGUUGCCAUCAUGGGCUCAGCACAGGUCGAGGAGGAAGAGAUUGAAUGUCUGGUGGAGAUCCCUACCCCACAGGACUACUGGGGCCCCGUGUUUGCCAUCUGCAUCUUCCUCUUCUCCUUCAUCAUUCCCGUACUCAUCAUCUCCAUCUGCUAUAGCCUCAUGAUCCGGCGGCUGCGUGGGGUCCGCCUGCUGUCUGGCUCCCGAGAGAAGGACCGGAACCUGCGGCGCAUCACACGGCUCGUGCUGGUGGUGGUGGCGGUGUUUGUGGGCUGCUGGACGCCCGUCCAGGUCUUCGUGCUGGUCCAGGGGCUGGGCGUGCAGCCGGGCAGUGAGACUGCUGUGGCCCUCCUGCGUUUCUGCACGGCCCUUGGCUAUGUCAACAGCUGCCUCAACCCCAUCCUCUAUGCCUUCUUGGACGAGAAUUUCAAGGCCUGCUUCCGAAAGUUCUGCUGCACUCCUACCCUGCGCCGGGAGAUGCAGGUGUCCGACCGCGUGCGCAGCAUUGCCAGGGACGUGGCCCUCGCAUGCAAGACCUCCGAGACAGUACCACGGCCCGCAUGACUAGGCGUGGACCUGCCCAUGGUGCCUGUCAGCCCACAGAGCCCGUCAACACCCAACACGGAGCUCACCCAGGUCACUGCUCUCUAGGCUGACACCCAACCUGUGUCCUGAGCAUUGCCAGACUCGAGGACUUCACUGUGGCCGCAGAAGGCCUGGUGACAUCCUGGGACAGGUCAGACUAAAGCUGCCCUCCUGGUGCCGAGCAGAGAGGGGACACCCACCAGUGAGUGUGCCUGGCCAGAGCCCAUGCCAACACCCUCACACAUCAUGGACUCUUCUGGCCCCUCCCCUGCGGCACCCUGCGUGCUCUUGGUAUGCACACACCUGGAGGUGUGACAGCAGCGGGCCAUCCCACGCCCUUGUGCCAUGUGCUGUCUGCAUGGAGCCCUGCAGCCCCUCCUUGGGGCAGCCGGAUGAGCUUGGAGCUGCCUAGAGAGCUGGCAUGCUCUGUGGGCAGUAGGGCUUGGAGUUGCUGAUAUGGACUUGCCUGGGACUCGACUGCUGUCACCUCCUCGUCCCCCACUCCUGCUUCUGAAAGGUUUCUCAGAGAGGUUUUUCGCUCCAGAAGCACAAAGAACUGUCAGCCACAGACGUGGCUGUCCAGGUGUGCAGAGGUGGCUCAGAAGGACGGUGGGCUGCUUGAUCACCUCAGGCCACUCUGUCAUUCUUGAAACAGCCCUGUGUGCCUGGUCUUGGCUGCGCAGUGCUGGGGCGGGGGCGCGCUCUGCCAUGCUCUGUCUGGGGGUCCAUGGGUCCUCCUUGGCUCUCUUGAAAUCAGAGGUCAGCAGCUAUGCAGCUGACCGGACCCUGCGCCCUGCGUGGAUCCUGGUGGACUUGAAAGAGGAGUGGCAGUUGGGGUGGGUUGUGCUCUGCCUCUCCAGUGACUGAUAACUGGCUUUGUUUACAAGCCUCCAGGUGUCUGUGGGGAGGCUUGAGCUUCCUGCUGUCAGGACUAGUCUUAAAUGGUGCCAAAUCAGGGUGGCUUCACAUGCAGGGCUGGUAUAAGGGGUGAGGCUUGACAGGGCCUCCUUGAGCCAAGUGUGAGAACUGCCUGGUGUGGGAACACUGUUCGGGGCAGAGGGUCUCCCGGCGGUGGUCACCCUCCCUGGUCUGCAGAUGGAAGCUGCAGUUUGGUAACUUUGCAAACACUCUUCCCUGCAGAUAAACUAUUGAAAUACAACACUGAAAAGACUAUUUUGCCUCCACCUGUGAGCUGAGCUGCAGACCUCAGCCAGGUGACCUUAGGCACCUGCAAACAAUAGGAAGCACUGACCCUGGGCUGGCUUCUCCUGCUUCAGGGAGCCCUGGCUCUGUGGGGUCAUUCCUGGGGAGGAUGGAGCUGUGGGAGGCUCUGGAGACGGUAGCUGCCACAGCUGGGGCAUUUUCAUGACAAGGCUGAAAGAUUUGUGAUUUGUGCUGGUGUAACAUGUAUCUUCAUGUAUUUAUGCAUGCGACAAGUGUGAAUUCCCCUACAUGUAAUCAACCCUGAUCUUGCCUCCGGGGGUCAUUGGGGGCCAUAAUAAAUCCCUGCCCACUGA